UUCUGGACAGCGCCCCGAGCAGCCAGCUGCCGCUAACCUUCCUCCUUCAUCUCUGCCAAGGCUGCCCCUCUGGUCCCCCCUGCUGCUGAGAAAGAAAAUUACAUCGGGAUCCAUGCAGCCCGCAAUGAUGAUGUUUUCCAGUAAAUACUGGGCCAGGAGAGGGUUGUCCUUGGAUUCAGCGGUGCCAGAGGAGCAUCAGAUACUUGGCGGCUUAACACAAAAUAAGGCUACCGCUAGCAAAAGUGAGGACAAGAGAAGCGGCAAAGAGGCUGGCAAAGGCGACACUUCGGAGAGCAGCAAGACUGCGGUUGUGUUCUCCCUGAAGAAUGAAGUUGGCGGGCUGGUGAGGGCACUGAGACUCUUCCAGGAAAAACACGUCAACAUGCUCCAUAUUGAAUCCAGGAGGUCCCGGCGAAGAAGUUCUGAAGUCGAAAUCUUCGUGGACUGUGAAUGUGGCAAAACAGAAUUCAACGAGCUCAUUCAGUUGCUCAAGUUUCAGACCACCAUUGUGACGCUGAAUCCACCUGAGAACAUUUGGACGGAGGAGGAAGAACUAGAGGAUGUGCCGUGGUUCCCUCGGAAGAUCUCUGAGUUAGACAGAUGCUCUCACAGAGUCCUCAUGUACGGCACCGAGCUUGACGCCGACCACCCAGGAUUCAAGGACAACGUCUAUCGACAGAGGAGGAAGUAUUUUGUGGACGUGGCCAUGGGUUAUAAAUAUGGCCAGCCCAUUCCCAGGGUGGAAUACACAGAAGAAGAGACUAAAACUUGGGGUGUUGUGUUUCGGGAGCUCUCCAAACUCUACCCCACUCACGCUUGCCGAGAGUACCUGAAAAACUUCCCCCUGCUGACCAAGUACUGCGGCUACAGGGAAGACAACGUCCCGCAGCUGGAAGACGUCUCCAUGUUUCUGAAAGAGCGAUCUGGCUUCACAGUGAGACCAGUGGCUGGCUACCUGAGCCCAAGAGACUUCCUGGCUGGGCUGGCCUACAGAGUAUUCCACUGCACUCAGUACGUGCGGCAUGGCUCCGACCCUCUCUACACCCCGGAACCAGACACAUGCCAUGAGCUCCUGGGACACGUGCCACUGCUGGCAGAUCCCAAGUUCGCUCAGUUUUCGCAAGAAAUAGGCUUAGCCUCUCUGGGAGCCUCAGACGAAGACGUUCAGAAACUGGCCACGUGCUAUUUCUUCACAAUCGAGUUCGGCCUUUGCAAGCAAGAAGGUCAACUGCGGGCGUAUGGAGCAGGGUUACUUUCCUCCAUCGGAGAAUUGAAGCAUGCUCUUUCUGACAAGGCGUGUGUAAAAGCCUUUGACCCGAAGACAACCUGCUUGCAGGAAUGCCUAAUCACCACCUUCCAAGAUGCUUACUUUGUUUCCGAAAGUUUUGAAGAAGCCAAAGAGAAGAUGAGGGAUUUUGCAAAGUCAAUUACCCGUCCCUUCUCAGUGUAUUUCAACCCCUACACACAGAGCAUUGAAAUUCUGAAAGACACCAGAAGUAUUGAGAAUGUGGUGCAGGACCUGCGCAGUGAUUUGAACACCGUGUGCGACGCCUUGAAUAAAAUGAACCAAUAUCUGGGGAUUUGAGCCUAGAACCAGUGCUAUUGUCAGCACGAGCUCUUGGGGGCUUAGCAACAAUGCAGUCAAUGUUAUCCAACAUCAACAACUUUCUGUGUCAUGGCUGGCUAGUAAGCAUGCAAUUCCAUAUGUCUAUACCUCUAUGUAACUUAACAUACAAAAAUGAUCUAAGAAACCCAGGCAGAUGACCAUUCAGCAUUUGAAAGAUUGUGAUCUAUUCGAACAUCUCAAGUAGAUUUGACAUUUCUGAUUAGUGAGCAAACUGUAACUUAAGCAAACUGUGUCUUUAAAAUUUGUAGCCAACAUUCCUCACACAAUUCCAGCUGCUGAGUCGUUGACCUUUUCUUCCUUGGACCUGAGUCUUUCCUCUGUUCAUUAGAUAAAAUGAAAACAGCUGGGAGGUGGUUUCUAUUUUCAAUAGUAUCGG